AUGAAGGCAACAGUCAUUUCUAUCUAUCUAUCUAUCUAUCUAUCUAUCUAUCUAUCUAUCUAUCUAUUAUUUAUACGAAGCUUCAUAUAUACCCUGAGCCAGUGGAGGUGGUCUACUAGGUCAGUGUGGCUCUUGGUUAGUGCUGGUGGUGCUGCUGCUUCUUUCUCCUCCUCCACUUUCUUUUCCCCUUUUUUCACCUCAUCUAGGAUCUCCUGCUCGGUCAGAGUCUCUAUCACGGGGGUGUCAUCUCCCUCCUCUACCUGGGACAACAAGUCGAUGUGUGAUGUCUGCAUCCAGGUGUUCCUCCAGCUGGUUCUGGGCUUUCCUCGAGCGCAGGUGUCUCCUCACAUUGGGGACGAAGUCCUUGAAGAACCAGUUCUUGAAGAUAUCAGUAGUCAUCCAGCUCCUCGCAGAGUUGGAAUACAUCACCGAGAAGGUGGCCAUAUUCACCUGCUGGAAGCACCUAGGGGACCGGAACUUCUCCAUUGCCAAGUGCUUCAAAGAGGCUCGUCUCAUCUGCGUUGUACAGCUGCUCCUUGGCUAAGGCCUCCGCUUCCAGGAACUCCCUCAGCUGUUCAGGCUGAUCUCUGCUCCCCCUGGAUCUUCACUGUUCUUAUACCGUGCCUCUUCUGGAAUCGCUGGAGCCACCCCUUGCUGGUCAUGAAGUCUCCCUUAUCCUCACCUUCAUAG